AUGGCCCGAGUAUCCUACAUUAGUCAAGACUGUGAAGAAAUUCCAGAAUUCCUAGGAAGAAUAUAUGGACAUAUGGCAAAAAGGCUAGAUCUUAGCUUCAACUUGUUAAGGUCACUAGAAGGACUGAAAACAUUCAGUUACUUGGAAGAGCUGAUCUUGGACAACAAUCAACUUGGAAAUGACCUUGUGUUACCCAGGUUACCCCACCUCCAUACCUUAACGCUCAACAAGAACCAAAUAACAGAACUGGAAAGCCUUUUGGACCAUUUGGCUGAAGUUGUACCCUCUCUACAGUAUCUCAGUUUGCUUGGAAACAUGGCCUGCCCAAAUGAACUUGUCUGCAAAGAAAAGGAUGAAGAUGACUACCAGAGGUACAGAUAUUUUGUCCUGCACAAAUUAACAAACCUGAAAUUUCUCGAUACUCGGAAAGUAACAAGGAGGGAGAGAGAGGAAGCCUUGGUCAGAGGUGCCUUCAUGAAAGUGGUUAAGCCCAAGGAUGCAAAGGCCUCCAGUGAUGCUGCCUCCAUUUCUCCAGAGAUGCGCUAUACACCUCUGCCUUCUGGAUCCAGAGACCUCACCAAUCACAGAGGCAUUUUGGGAAAAUGCCGCUACAUUUACUAUGGAAAACAUUCUGAAGGCAACAGAUUCAUCCGAGAUGACCAGCUAUAA